AUGGCUAGCUUUUUGAAUAGCGCUUUUACAAAGUUCGACUGCCAAAAAUUAGCUAUAUUUUCGUACGCUUUUCCGGCGCCUUACAUUCUGGUGACGCCAUUCUUAAAUGCCCUUCAAGAUAAUGGACACCAGCUAACAAUAAUUUCAUCGGUUACUGCAAUGCCUACGAUUGAAGGGGUUGAACACAUACGCGUGCAGGCUUUGGAAGAUCAAGUAAAUGAAAUCGUCGCCAACGACUACGUUUUUCCAAUGAGCAAAUGGGAGGAGGCCAUCUGGAUAUCUUCGUUUUUCUAUAACUCAUCAAACGCAGUUUUAUCUGAUCCCAAAGUGCAGUCGUUGUUGACCAAUGCAGAGAUUCAUUUCGAUAUGAUUAUCGUAGAGGCCUCUUAUACAGAUGCGUUAUUUGGCUUUGCUCAACACUUUAACGCACUAUUGGUGGGAAUUUCUGCGUUUGGUUCGACAUGGAACAUCGAUUAUUUAGUAGGACAUUCAGCGCCGAGCACAUACGAGCCAAUUUCGCCUGUAGGCUACUCAAAGGGCUUAACUUUGCUAGAUAAAUGGUACAACUGGAUUUAUAUAACUGAAGAGUGGCUGCUGGAGCGAUUCGUCUACCUACCAAAGCAAACACAGCUCUUUAGAAAAUACUUUAACUCGUCGCUGGACUCUCUUCAUGAUAUACGACGAAGGUUUUCGUUGAUCUUGAUUAAUUAUCACUUCAGCUUAGGGCGCGCGCGUUCCAAUGUCCCCAAUUUAGUUGAGGUAGCUGGGAUGCAUAUGAGUGUGCCAAAUGCCUCCUGCGAUGAGGCCCUUCAGAUUUUUAUGGAUGGGGCCACAGAAGGCGUUGUCUACUUUUCGAUGGGCCUGGAAAUCACGAGCAAGCACUUUCCCAAAGACGGGCAGCAGAAGUUGCUAACAGUGUUUUCCAAAUUAAAGCAGCGAGUGAUUUGGAAGUGCGAACAAGAUGAGCUGCCCAAUAAAUCGGAUAAUAUAUAUACAAGUCCCCUGCUGCCACAGCGUGAGGUAUUAGCCCACCCCAAUGUCAAGUUGUUCAUUACCCACGGUGGACUGCUAAGCAUCAUUGAGGCAGCCUAUUAUGGUGUGCCAAUGAUUGGGCUGCCUCUUUAUUACGAUCAGUUCAGCAAUGUGGAACGUAUGAAACAGGCAGGCGGCGCAAAAAGCUUAGAUCUGUACAAUAUAAACGUUGCGCAACUUAUGGAGACCAUCACAGAACUCAUUUAUAACCCUCGGUAUUCACGCCAAGCGAAAGAUUUGAGUCGGCGCUUUCGAGAUCAACCGAUGUCACCUUUGGAAACAGCAAUCUGGUGGACAGAAUAUGUCCUGAGACAUGAUGGCGCACAUCAUAUGCGAAUGGCCGAGCAAGACCUCUCAUUUAUGCAGUACUACAGUGUAGAUUUGAUAUCAACAGUGUUUACCCGUGUUGGUAUUGUUGCCUCGAUUGUAGCUUACUUAGGUUUAAAGCUGUUUAACUUAGUGCUAGCGCCAUCGCACAUUGGACUGAAUGUGCACAUCUUGAAUUAA